AUGUUGUACGCAUACUACCUUUUGGGGGCUGCUGCGGCCGCUUUCGCCUUGCCUCAAGACUCGUCAGCAGUGAAUGGAUCGCUCGAUGCGACAACAUAUUCGACAGCCACAAAGCUCCAAAAUAUCAACUAUGGCGCUUUCACGCAGACGGCCACCUACUCGAUAGCCAACCAACUGGGUUACUUCAAGGCAUACGGUCUUAAUGUGACCUACCUCCAGGUCCCAAAUUCGACCUAUGGUUACAAUCAGCUCUUAACCGGUGGAUAUGAUAUCAUGACAGGAACUAUCGACAACGCUGUCAAUCUACGAUUCAACCAAAAACAACCACUGACAGUCACUGGACAGCUGGACGGUGGACCCGAGCUGACGAUUGCGUCAAUUCCGUCCAUUACCUCCAUCACCCAACUGAAAGGAAAGCCGCUCAUGGUCGACUCACCAGUCAGUGGCUACGCGUAUAUUCUUCGAAAGGUGCUUGCUCUCCACGGCCUCUAUCUAGAAAAUGGCGACUAUACCUUUCAAGUAAGUUUGGAAUAUUUCUCUUCAAGGUUCCCAGCUAACAUCGACAAGGUUGUUGGCUCCACCGUGAUUCGUUAUGCAGAUUUAGUUGCUGGAAAGCUUCCAGAUGGCACUCCGGUCUAUGCCACCAUCUUCACAUACCCUUUCACAAGUCAGGCAGGUGAUGUGCCAACCGCGCAGCGUCCCAACAUCCUGGCCAAAAUUUCCGAUUUCAUUCAGCCGUUCUCCUCUUCAGCAUUCACCAUCCGUGAAGCAGCACUGAGCAACAAUGCCCAACGCACUCUCAUUAGAAAGUUUACGUCUGCUAUGUAUGCGGCGAACCAGUAUUUAGCCAGCCCAGGCAGCCGGAAGUGCUCAAUCAGCGCCAUUUCGAAGCAAUUAAACGUCUCGACAUCCGUGGCCACCUCGGCGUACACUUCAGCAAAUGACCCUAUCACUGGCGAGACCUCCUCACCAGGAGGCAAUUUCACCGUCAACCGGCAGGGUCUUCUCAACGUUAUCGAUGUUCGCAGUCAAUUCGGCGGCUUUGCAUCAGUACCUGCCGGCUUCAACUACGCAGAUGCCAUUCUUCCUGGACAGGGCAAACUCAUUGACUACUCCCUAAGAGACGAUGCAUUGAAGAAUCUUGUAUCGUUCAGUCCAUCAACGAAAUGCUAG